UCAUCCCUCCCUCCUCCCCCUGGGCUUUUAAUCCAGGAGGUAGUGAGAGGGAAGGAGAAGGCUUCCUCACCACCACCCGAGACCACCAUUGCCCAUCCCUGGGGCGAGGAGAGGACAAACCCAUUAGAGACGAGCUGCACGAGCAUCCCCUUCCAUGCCUGUGGGAGGCAUGGGACCUGCCACUGCUCCUCAUCCUGGGGCUGGAUCAUACCACCAACGUGCUCCAGCACAUGGGGUCAGAGACAGCGACUCCUUGGUGAACACCAGCUGACGGGGCACAAAGUAGCAGUAAAAAUACUCAACAGACAGAAAAUACGCAGCCUGGAUGUGGUUGGGAAGAUCAAACGAGAAAUUCAAAACCUUAAACUCUUCCGGCACCCUCAUAUUAUCAAACUGUACCAGGUCAUCAGCACGCCAACGGACUUCUUUAUGGUCAUGGAAUACGUAUCUGGCGGUGAAUUGUUUGAUUACAUCUGUAAGCACGGACGUGUUGAAGAGGCAGAAGCUCGACGCCUUUUCCAGCAGAUUCUCUCCGCGGUGGAUUACUGCCACAGACACAUGGUUGUCCACCGAGACCUGAAACCAGAGAACGUGCUGUUGGAUGCACACAUGAAUGCAAAGAUAGCCGAUUUUGGCUUGUCCAACAUGAUGUCAGAUGGCGAAUUUCUACGCACCAGCUGUGGUUCCCCAAAUUAUGCAGCCCCCGAAGUCAUCUCUGGAAGGCUGUACGCAGGCCCAGAGGUGGACAUCUGGAGCUGCGGCGUUAUCCUCUACGCCCUUCUCUGCGGCACUCUGCCUUUCGAUGAUGAGCACGUCCCCACCCUCUUCAAGAAGAUCCGGGGAGGUGUGUUUUACAUCCCUGAAUACCUCAACCGGUCCGUUGCCACUCUCCUCAUGCACAUGCUGCAGGUUGACCCCCUCAAGCGAGCAACCAUCAAGGACAUCAGGGAGCAUGAGUGGUUUAAGGAGGAGCUGCCCAGUUACCUGUUCCCAGAGGACCCUUCCUAUGACGCCACCGUCAUCGAUGAUGAUGCCGUUCGCGAAGUUUGUGAAAAGUUUGAAUGCAUGGAGUCGGAGGUGAUGAACAGCCUGUACAGCGGUGACCCUCAGGACCAGCUGGCGGUGGCUUACCACCUUGUCAUCGACAACCGGAGGAUCAUGAACCAAGCCAGCGAGUUCUACCUUGCCUCCAGCCCCCCCACCGGCUCCUUCAUGGAUGACAGUGCCAUGCACAUCCCUCCCGGGGUGAAGCCGCACCCCGAGCGGAUGCCACCGUUGAUAGCGGACAGCCCCAAAGCGCGAUGUCCUUUGGAUGCCCUCAACACCACGAAGCCAAAACCCCUGACUGUGAAAAAGGCCAAGUGGCACUUGGGAAUCCGCAGCCAGAGCAAACCCUAUGACAUUAUGGCCGAGGUGUACCGUGCUAUGAAACAGCUGGACUUCGAGUGGAAGGUGGUGAACUCCUACCAUCUCAGAGUGCGCCGCAAGAACCCGGUAACAGGCAAUUACGUGAAAAUGAGCCUGCAGCUCUACCAGGUUGAUAACCGCAGCUAUCUCUUGGACUUCAAAAGCAUUGAUGAUGAUGUGAUGGAACAGAGGUCUGGCUCGUCCACGCCGCAGCGCUCCUGCUCUGCCGCCGGCUUGCAUCGGCCGAGGCUGAGCAUCGAUGCUGCCGCGGCCACCGAGUGCCAGUCGCUGAUGGGCUCUCUGAGCGGCUCCUUCGUCGGCAGCAUCCCCUCGGUGACGCCGCGCCUGGGGAGCCACACCAUGGACUUCUUCGAGAUGUGCGCUAGCCUGAUCAUGGCCCUGGCUCGCUGACGGGCGGCACUGAGGCACUGGUCCCUCCACAGACGGUAUUGCACUGUGAGGAUCUGGUCCGACUUGUCUGUUCCUUGUUUCUUCUGCUUCGUUCCUCCUCCUCCUCCUUCACCCCUCACCGCUCCAUAGCCUGCGACACAGAGGCAAUUCCAGACCCAAAACAUACUCCCCUCUAACAAGGCACUGAGGAAAUUAAGAAUAACUGUAUUUCACUCGUUAUACCGUGGUGAAAUGUAUCCAAUACCCUUUUUUUCCUAGUGAACUGAAUGGGAAAUGUUGGCAUGGCUGUAAGGUAGCAAAUGUAUCGCUGAGUUUCUGGAAAACACCUCCCCCCUGGUUCAUCCUGAGUUAACAGAGCCAUGGCCAAGCUUUCUGUGAUGUAGGUAGUGCGCAGUGAGGUUGAUGUUGUAUCCCCUUUGCUGUGCAGAGCAGGGGCAGGAUGGGCUGAGGUAGGUCAGAGGGGUCAACCAGGAGCUACACGAAAUGGAGCGGAGGGGUAAUGAAGUAGCUCUGUGGCGUUCACACCCGGGUCCCGGCAGGGCUGCCGGCCUCUGGUAACACUUUCCUCCUAAAACUAGCAGUUGCUUAGAUGCUUCUGCACUAGUGCAAUAUGCCAUCCCUCCCCUCUGUUUUUUUUCACCUGCUAAAGAUGGGGAGGGAAGGUGGGAUGUGCAAAGGUCCUGUUGCAAAUGUGCCGUGGGAAAGCCUCCACAUGUCAAGUCUUUGCAGAGCAGUGUCCCAUAAGAUGCUUUAUUUUGUCCUCCUGAGAGCUCUGGACGGCACUGACCUGCUCACCACAUUCAAAGAUGAAGGCUGCUUGCCUUUUUUGCAGCCCUUAAUUGUCACCCCCCUCCAACCCGCUCACCCUCCCCUGCCUCACCGCCAGCUCCAGGGGCCGAAUCCCAAGCAGGAUUUGGAUGAGCCACCGACGGAGGGCAGGAUGCCGAUGAGCCACCCAAAAACCCAGCGCUUCGCCCACACUUCACCCAAGGGCGGGGAACAUCACUGCCGGGUGAGAGCCAGCAGCAUCGCGUGGCUCUGAAGCAUUUACCUCUCACCUUUCCUAUAGGAAACCUUUGCCCGUUGUCAGCACCCUAAAAUCGCUGCCAAAUCUGCCUUCCCUGCCUUGCCCACUCGCAGCUUCGCGCCACCAGAGACUCACUUUUCAUGCCGAAGGGCUCUCCCGUCCUGCUGCUGCUCACCGGACUGUGACCUUCACCACUCCGCUGAUAAGGCAGGGAUAUCUGAAUUCAGAGUUGUACUGUUUCUUUACUACGGGCUAUCUGAAGGAUAGGAUUUUAUUUUUUAAAACAAACUACGGGAAUUUUUAAGGUUAAAUUCUUGUUAUUCAAGGGCAAACUCUAAUGCGUGUGUGAUUUCUUUGUUUAAAAGAAUUAUUUUUUUUUAUUACAUAGGCUUAAUCUAAUGGGCAGCGUUGGCAUCUGCUUGGCUUUGCUCCGGUAUUUAAUCUAUUUACUUGAUUGUGAAGGAACGUAAUAGUCUAAUCAGUCAAGGAACAAAUACUUUAUGAAAACUGCCAAAAAAAUCCUGGGUGUUUUUUUUUUCCUUGGGUUUUUUUUGUUUUGUUUUAAGAAACAAAGCGAAGGAGAACUUGAGCAACGUUGCUGGUCCCAGUUAUGCGGUCAUUCAACUUUAAAAAAAAUUUAAUCCAUCUUUUUGAUAGCUUCUUAUGACCCAUCGAGGUUUUUUGCUAGGUUUUUUUGUACAGUUGCACUUUAAUUUACACUUUCUGCAAGUUUCUAUGAGAAGCAAGGGAGAGAAUGACACAUUAAGCCUUUUGUACUAAUCAUUUUAGGUAACGAAGACAAAUACGGGAUAUUUUUGCCAUCUACUGGCAUGUAAGUGGACAUUUUCAGCUUGAAGUCCCUUUGUUUCAAAACACAAAAUUGCCUUACUUUUGUUACAGAUUUCGCUUGGAUUCUCACUAACGUGACUGUAUAGCUCCGAUUUUUCCAGAAGCCGCACAAAGUAGAAAGCUUCAAAAAAAAAUCAGUUUUGCUGUUAAGUUCUUGUACGCUAAAUCCAACACAGCAGUGGUUGGAUUAUAAAUCCGGCAGCAGAACAAUUUUGUUUUUAAAAGAAACACUGGAAAUAUUUGUAGUACUCCUAGGUUUUGUAAUGAGCUUUUUAUUAUAUUAUCAUUAUUAAAUAAAUACUCUGGGGUGGAGGAUGGCUUUGG